CAGAAAUUUAACGAUUUGCAAGAGUCAGCAAAUUAGCGGUUCUAAGCCUAACGAGAAUUGUUGGCUUUAAAUUUUUCUGAAAACUAACACCAAAAAAGGAACUAGGAAUCCGCGUUUCUUAUAUGGUGUGAAGUGUAAUUUUUGUUUAGCAUGGCAUUUGUUGAGAAGGAGUAUAGUAAGAGUGAUACAGAAGAAUUGUUAGGGAAAUGGAGAAAAUUAAGAGAAACAGGUGCUACGGAACGGAAUAAUCUCGCGUUUGCGCAAGUUUGUGAUGAAUUAAGGAAUGUGCAAAGAAACAUAGAAGCGAAAAAAAAGGCUAAAGCUUUAUUAAAACAAUAUGCAUGUUCUAUCAAUGAGGAACUGGAAAAGAAAAUUUUGAAAGAGAUGGUGAAAACAUAUCGUCAUUUGUCACUGAAUUUGCCUGUGUCGGGCAAUGAAGUAUUCAAAGUAUUAUUAGACGAAGAGAAGAAAACGAGAACAGAAGACGUGAGUGAUUUAGAAGAUUCGGUGCCGACGAAUCUAUCGCAAGUACAAAAAAGUGAUCUCAUUUUUGGAGAGACUGAAUACCUGCAGCCGUUAUCCUACCGGCAUAUAAUUCAGGCACAUAACGAAAAGGUGCAGGACGAGGCUAUUCAUAUUCGGUUAACGAAACGGAUACAUGAGUUGGAAAGCAUGUCAGCGGCUAUUGAAGAUAUACCUAGCUUGCAUUUCUUUGGCGAAGAUCAAAAGUCGCAGCACGUACACUCUACGAAAAGAAACGCUUUGCUAGAACUGAAAAUGUUGCGGCUUGCGAAACGACAAGAGGCUUUACAUGCACAGAUCCGACAUUGCAAACCGUAUACCCGCGUUCUUUUGAAUACAGCAGAUCGCAUAGCUUGCAAGCUUCCUAAACCUGCACCCCAAGCUACUCGCCUCACUGAGGCUUUAGAACGACAACAACGUAGCGACCGAGAACGCAGACAGAAGCAACGCCAAUACGAUUAUUUACAAAAUAUUUGUUCUCAUGGACGUGAACUCGCUGCUCGAACUAAAAAUGCUCAGGCUAGGGCUCAGAAAGCAAAUCGUGCUGUCUUGGCAUACCAUUCUCAUAUCGAAAAAGAAGAGCAAAGACGUGCUGAACGCAAUGCAAAACAGAGAUUGCAGGCUUUGAGAGAAGAUGAUGAAGAAGCUUACUUAAAAUUGAUCGAUCAGGCAAAGGAUACCAGAAUUACUCAUCUUCUUCGACAAACCGAUCAUUAUUUAGAUUCAUUGGCUAAUGCAGUCAAGGCUCAACAAUCUCAAACAGGUGAUACUACUUACGACGAAGAUUUUGAUCGUUCUCUCACCGGCGAAGCCGAAACGAAAGUUGAUUAUUAUAAUGUUGCUCAUAAUAUUCAAGAAGUUAUUACUGAUCAACCAUCGAUACUGGUUGGUGGUAAGCUAAAAGAGUACCAGCUUCGCGGACUUCAAUGGAUGAUAUCCUUGUAUAAUAACCAUUUAAAUGGUAUCCUAGCUGAUGAAAUGGGUCUGGGUAAAACCAUUCAGACUAUUUCUCUGGUCACUCACUUGAUUGAGAAGAAACGGCAAAAUGGCCCUUUCCUGAUCAUCGUUCCUUUAUCUACACUAACUAACUGGGCUAUGGAGUUUGAACGUUGGGCCCCGUCUAUCUCAAAAAUUGUGUACAAAGGACCGCCGUUGGUCCGUAAGGCUUUGCAACCCCAAGUUCGUCAUUCGAAUUUUCAAGUUCUGUUGACCACUUUUGAAUACGUCAUCAAAGAUAGACCGGUACUUAGUCGUAUUAAGUGGAUUUAUAUGAUUAUGGACGAAGGACAUCGAAUGAAAAAUACCCAGUCAAAAUUGACUAGCACGUUGACGACGUACUAUUCUUCUCGGUACCGUCUUAUUUUGACAGGAACACCACUUCAAAACAAUCUUCCUGAGCUCUGGGCAUUGCUUAACUUCGUUCUUCCAAAAAUUUUCAAUUCUGUCAAAAGUUUUGAUGAGUGGUUUAAUACUCCGUUUGCUAAUACUGGAAACCAAGAUAAAGUCGAGUUAACCGAAGAAGAAUCUUUGUUGGUAAUUAGACGUUUACAUAAAGUAUUGCGUCCAUUUUUGCUUCGUCGUUUGAAAAAAGACGUUGAAUCUGAGCUUCCGGAUAAAGUUGAGAAGGUAAUUCGCUGUCAGAUGUCUGGGUUACAGCAAAAAUUGUAUCAUCAAAUGAAGAAGCAUGGUAUUUUAUUCGUUGAAGAUGCGAAUAAAGGAAGAGCAGGUAUAAAGGGUCUUCAGAACACUGUAAUGCAGUUAAAGAAGAUUUGCAAUCAUCCUUAUGUAUUUGAAGAUGUUGAACGGUCAAUCGAUCCCACAGGUCUAAAUUAUGAUAUGUUAUGGAGAGUGUCCGGUAAAUUUGAGUUAUUAGAUAGAGUUCUUCCCAAAUUGUUCCGUGUAGGGCAUCGUGUCCUCAUGUUUUUUCAAAUGACACAAAUUAUGAACAUCAUGGAAGAUUACCUACAUUAUCGACAUUUCCGUUACUUACGUCUGGAUGGCUCAACAAAAGCAGAUGAUCGAUCUAAGCUUUUGGGUGUAUUUAAUGACCCUACGGCAGAAAUUAAUAUAUUUUUGCUGAGUACUCGAGCAGGUGGUUUAGGAUUGAAUCUUCAGAGUGCUGACACAGUAAUUAUUUUUGAUUCAGACUGGAAUCCUCAUCAAGACUUGCAAGCUCAAGAUCGUGCUCACCGAAUUGGACAAACGAAAGAAGUUAGAAUUUAUAGGCUUAUUACAGAAAAAUCUGUAGAAGAAAACAUUCUUUCUCGCGCUCAAUACAAACUAGAUAUUGACGGAAAAGUUAUUCAAGCUGGUAAAUUUGAUAAUAAAUCUACUCCAGAAGAAAGAGAAGCAUUUUUGCGAUCUUUGUUGGAAAACGAAAAUGGAGAGGAACAUAAUGAUGAAAAAGGAGAAUUGGACGACGAUGAACUAAAUGAAUUACUGGCGCGUAGUGAUCAAGAGCUGGAAAUCUAUAGAAAUAUGACAAAGGAGGAAGAAGAGAAUAGCCCUUACGGAAAAGGCAAGGAGAAAGAUCGACUUAUUCAGGUGGAGGAACUUCCUGAGUUUUAUCAACAAGAACAACCGGUUGAAGCUGAAGAGGAGCAGCAACAUAUUGAGGAAUUGGGACGUGGUGCUAGACGUCGUGUUCCUGUAGUAUAUGACGAAACUGUUAGAGAUGCUCAGUGGCUUACCGAAAUGGAAAUGGAACCAGAAGUUAAGCCAACUCGUGGCAGACCCAAACGGAACUCCAGUGCGGUUGAAGAACCCAUUCCACUUGGAAUGGAUGGGAAGCCCAAACGGAAGCGGGGUCCUGCACCUGAUACGUUAAGUACCGAACAUAGAUCUCUUCUUCGUCGUAUCUGUCUUGAGAUUUAUAACGCUGCCUAUGAGCUAAAAGACGAGCAUGGUAGACCCAUAAACAGCAUGUUUUUAGAGGUUCCUAGUAAGAAACUCUACCCAGACUACUACUUAAUUAUCAAAACUCCUAUUGCACUUGAUAGUAUAAGAAAACAUAUUAAUGGGACUUACUAUAAGUCGUUGGAUGCAAUGGUUUCUGACUUUAUGACGAUGUUCAAUAAUGCUCGUACAUAUAAUGAAGAAGGUUCUUUUGUGUAUGAAGAUGCUAAUCGUAUGCAAGCGGCUAUGGAACAAAAGAUUCAGGAGUUAGAGGAAAAUGGCACGCUUACAACUUUACGCGGAAUGGAUUUCGAAGCAAUAGCCCAGCAAGAAGACCGAUUAGAAAAUGAAGCAUGAAGUUGAAGCAUAUCAAUUUUCUUCCUGGUUAAGCUUGAGCUUCUGAAUUUUAAAAGCAAUCCUUCUUUUAGGUUUAAUGUUUAUAAAGUUAUUAUCAUUUCGGGCGUUCUUUAUAAUCGCUCAAUUUUUGUACACUAUAAAAAUUAAUUAUUAUAAAUAGAUUGUUAAUGAACCUUAAUCCACUUAGAAA